AAAUCCAGCAAUUCCUCCAAAACAAAAACCAUGUAAAAAGAAGACCUUUCACCGAAAAGUGUAAGAGCAGCUACAAAUUUCUUGACUUUUAGAUUUGCCACAUUAUUAUAAAAACCAAACACUCAUUAAAAGCAUUGGUUACAAAGUCAUCACUACCCCCCUUUGUUGCUGCAUGGAUUCAUGUGACUUUCUCUUCACUCCAGCACUCUCUUCCUACAGGCCCUUAAAACAAAUCCGUCAGAAAAAGAAUGAUUUGUGUCAAACUGUUGAAAAAUGAGAUGGGUUUUAGUUGGGAGUACUUAUUUGAGUUGUUUCAUUGAAAGAUUGAAACUUUGGGAUUUGGGUUGCAGAAGUUUUAGUGGGAAUUCAAACACCAAAAUUCAGAUGUGUUUUCAGUGACAGCUUGAAAGAUUGAAGUUUUAGGACUUGGUAGUAGGAUUUGUAUUGCAGAAGUUUGAAUUUGAAUUUUGCACACAGGUGUUUGAGGAAAUGGGUGUUGUGACUGUUGGUGAAUUGAAGCCUAGCAUUUCAGGGAAGAGGUCUUUUCGUCCAAGCUCGAGUAUAAGGCAUGCCACAGAAUGGCCAAUCUCUGAUGUUUCUAGUGAUCUUACUGUGGAGAUAGGAGCAUCAAGCUUUGCCCUUCACAAGUUCCCUCUAGUUUCUCGGAGUGGAAAGAUUCGGAAACUGUUGCUUGAAGCAAAAGAUUCAAAAGUUUCACGUGUGAUUCUUCCAUCUGUUCCGGGCGGAGCAGAGGCAUUUGAGCUAGCUGCAAAGUUCUGUUAUGGCCAUAAUAUUGAGAUCACACAAGCAAAUGUUGCCUUGCUCCGUUGCACAGCUCACUUUCUUGAAAUGACGGAAGAGUAUGCUGAGAAGAGCCUGGAAACAAGAACUGAAGCUUAUCUAAAGGAUAUGGUGUUCCCAAACAUAUCAAAAUCAAUAGCAGUUCUUCAUCGUUGCGAAACACUCUUGCCUGCAGCAGAAGAAACCAACCUGGUUAGCAGGCUCAUCAAUGCAAUUGCAAACAAUGCGUGCAAAGAGCAGCUCACCUCUGGCUUACUGAAACUUGACCACAACUUUCCUUCAAAAGUAGCUACUAUGGAACCUGAAACGCCCUCGGAUUGGUGGGGAAAAGCGCUUUCGGUGCUUAGUCUUGACUUCUUCCAGAGGGUUUUAUCUGCAGUGAAAACCAAGGGUCUUAAACAGGAUAUGAUCAGCAAAAUUUUGAUAAAUUACGCCCAUAACUCUCUUCAAGGUCUUGUUGUAAGGGAUGCGCAAUUGGUCAAAGGAAAUCUCUUCGAUUUAGAACUGCAAAAGAAACAAAGGGUCAUUGUUGAAGCUAUUGUUAGUUUACUACCAACACAAUCAAGGAAGAGUCCAGUUCCAAUGGCAUUUCUUUCGAGUUUGUUGAAAACUGCAAUUGCAGCAUCAGCAUCCACUUCAUGCAGAUCUGAUUUGGAGAGGCGGAUUGGUUUGCAGCUGGAUCAGGCAAUUCUUGAAGACAUCCUCAUUCCUACAAACUCACAUGGAAACAACCACAGCACAAUUUAUGAUGCCGACACUAUAGUGAGAAUCUUCUCCAUAUUUUUGAACUUGGAUGAGGAUGAUGAAGACGAUACUAAUCUGUUAAGAGAUGAAAGUCAAAUGGUUUAUGAUUUUGACAGCCCUGGAUCUCCUAAACAAAGUUCAAUCUUGAAGGUCUCUAAGUUACUGGACAAUUAUCUUGCCGAAGUUGCAUUGGACUCAAACUUGUCACCAUCAAAGUUCACAGCUCUAGCAGAACUACUUCCAGACCAUGCACGAAUAGUAAGUGAUGGACUCUACAGAGCUGUGGAUAUCUUCCUCAAAGUUCACCCAAACAUGAAGGACUCUGAAAGGUACCGGCUUUGCAAAACCAUAGACUGCCAGAAACUAUCCCAAGAAGCCUGCAGUCAUGCAGCACAGAAUGAAAGGCUACCGGUACAGAUGGCAGUUCAGGUCCUAUACUUUGAGCAAAUCAGGCUGAGGAAUGCAAUGAAUGGUGGCCACAAUCAGUUCUUCUUUGGCGCAAUUAAUGGCACUCAAUUCCCUCAAAGAUCAGGCAGUGGUGCUGGCAGUGGAGCCAUUUCCCCUAGAGACAACUACGCAUCAGUUCGGAGAGAGAAUCGAGAGCUGAAGCUUGAAGUCGCUAGAAUGAGAAUGAGGCUGACAGACUUGGAAAAAGAUCAUGUCACUAUGAAGCAAGAGCUUGUUAAGACACACCCUGCAAAUAAGUUGUUCAAAUCCUUCACCAAAAAAUUGGGGAAGAUCAAUGCAUUGUUCCGGAUUAAUAGUAUCAAGACCUUGGGGGGUAAGGCGCAUUCGGAGAGCAGAUUCCCGUUUCAGAAGCGAAGGCGCCAUUCAGUUUCAUGACUAUCUAGGAGUGUGAAUAUGUAGUAUAUGUAUAACUACAACAAGAGUGUAUACUAUAUAGUAUAAGUAUAAAUAUAAGCUAGUGUGAUGGCUUCUAAUCUCAGUUUUCACAGCUUUUUGAGUGUGUACUUGAUUCUAGUGCUGUAUAACAUGCAUUUAUGUGAUAAAUCCCCCAUCUUUUAUCUUUUAUUGAAGUCUCU